AUGAUUUCUUUUAAGAAGGGAAAGAUCAAGGUACCUGAAAAAAUACAACCAACAUCUGCAAGUAUAGAUGAAUCAUGGCUCGUGCUUAGAAAUGUAUUUGAUAAAGUUUUCAGUGAUAAUACACAAGAUAUUUCCUUCGAAAAGACAUACCGUGUUGUAUAUGAUGUUGUUAGAUUUAAACAAGAAGCAGAACUUUACAAUAGAAUUAAGGAGUAUUUAGUUCAGAGAUUCGAAUCUUUGAGAACAGAUACUUUCAGCAAAGGGUCUACCAUAACUCAUAGUAAUUGGGAAUUUCUAGAAAAAUUAGAUAAGGUCUGGAAAAGCACCAACAUUCAUCUGGAAUGUAUAAGAGAUUUGACGUUAUAUUUGGAGAGAACAUUCUGUGAGAGGAACAGAACUCCAGGGAUUGUCGAAACUGGUUUGGAAAUAUUUAAUACAUGCUUAUUGUUGCCAUUGAAGGAUACAGUAAAUAAGGAAUAUGUUAAUGGGAUCAAUGAUUUAAGAGAUACACGCACAUAUGAUAAUCCACAUACCGAGGUUCUGGAAAGAUUGGGAUCUAUGAUGUUAACAAUUCUUAGUGGCGAAGAUAGUUUCUUCGUAGUCUUUGUUCAAAAUUAUCUAUUGGAAGAAUCUAUGAAAUAUUAUUCUGGACUAUCUGAUUCAUUAAGUUUAAAAUCAAUUGAAGGUUUUCAAAAAGUAGAGGAAUUAAUUGAGUUCGAAACAAAAUUAGAUGAAACUUUUUUGACAUCUGAUGCAGCAACAAAAAUAAUAAAAUGUAUUAAUAAGGUAUUGAUUUGGGGAAAUUAUGAGAAUAUAGUGGAACCACUACUAAAAAAUGCUUUGGAUACCUUUAAUGGUGAAUAUCUUAAAAAAUUAUACUAUUUAACUACAGAAAGAAAGUAUAGAUUGAAACUAAGAUCUGUUAUUCAGGAUAUGAUAAAUAGAAAUGUUUCUGCAAUUGAAUUAGAUGAAUCUGAAAAGAAAAAAUCAAUAAUGGGUAGUAAAUGGACGUCUUCAAUUAUUAUAAUGUUUAACAAAUAUAAUAAGCUAUUGCAAGGAUUAAGUUUCGAAGUGGAGUCUAAUAACGAUAACGAAACCAAAAUUAGUAUUGCCAAUGACCGUUUGGGAGGCUUGCAACAAUCUAAUGAUACGGAUGGAAAUGAUAAUGUUGAAGAUGUUUCACAAGGGACAAUCUCUGCUGCGGGUUUGUUGAAUGAAACAUUUUCGAAUUUCUUUAAACAAAAUUCAAAACAUAGCGCCCAAUAUUUGAGUUUCUAUCUAGAUUCAUGUUUGAAAAAUACACUGGAAAAGACAGAGAUUAAUGAUUCAAAGAACUGUAUAAUCGAUUGCGUUAAUUUAGUAAGAUUAUUACCAGAUAAGGAUGAGUUUACUAUAAUCUACAAGAAUCAAUUAACGAAACGUUUGCUGCAACAACAAUCGAGUUUAAAAGUGGAAAAAUUUGCUUGUAAAAGAAUCAAUGAGGAGACGGGGUCAUUUUGGACUCAUAAAUUGGGUACAAUGUUAAGGGAUAUAUCUCGCUCAGAAUAUUUAGCUCAGAAUUUUAGUGUAAGUCAACAACAAAAAUCCAUUGGAGAUUUAUCAUCAAAGGAUACAUUAGAGUUUAUACCGGAUAUCUUAACUGUUACAUCCUGGCCAUUUCAAGAUAUUGAUGACAUUGUUGUUGAAGAUUUAAUAUUACCGCCUCAAUUGGAGACGUUAAAGUUGGAUUUUGAGAAAUUCUACAAUAAGAAAUAUAACGAAAGAACUUUGAAAUGGGUUCAUUCUUUAGGAUCAAUUCAAAUUGGGUUCCAAUUCGAAAAAACUUAUCAUGACCUGAUCAUGCCUUUCUAUUCAGCCUUGGUGUUCCUAUUGUUUGAAAACCAUGAUGAAUUAACGAUAGACAUGAUAUUAGAAAUGACUAAUAUACCAGAACAAGAAUUAUAUCGUCAAUUGCUAUCGCUUAUAAUGUCAUCCAAAUCAAGAAUCUUAAAGAAAUCUCCAGUUUCAAAGACUAUUUCAAAAACAGAUAAAUUCUCAAUCAACUAUAGUUUCACAGCAUCAACUCAGAAGGUAAAGGUUCAAACAAUAGUAGGCACUACAUCUUCACGUAGAAACGAAAAUAACAACAUAAAUAACGUCCUAGAGCGUGAGAGGAUCAAUGCGACAAAUGCAGCAAUUGUCAGAGUCUUGAAACGCCGGACUACACUUUCACACACUGAACUUCUUGAGAGAGUGACAGAAGAAGUAAAACCAAUUUUCACAUUGCAAUCAUUGGUGUUCAAGAAAAGUUUAGGUUUCCUUAUCACCAAGGAAUACGUGCAGAGAGAUCCCGAGAAUUCUAAUUUGUAUCAUUACAUUUCUUAA